UACAAAUCUUCUUCCCCUGCCUCCGGAGUUCUUGGAUUUUCUUCUCGGGCACGGCUCAAACGCUGCGUUACUUCAGAGUAAAGCCGCGGGGAGUUAGCGAAAGAACUUGGGAUCAAAGUCGACCCUGUUUCUUGGCUAUGUUUCCAGUGUUCUCACUGGCAUCGUCCAGUGCCUACAAGUCUGGAAAGAUUUACGGUAUGGAUGCGGCCUCCGGGGCUGCUGUUGCAGCACCUGAUAUACAAUCCGGUGAUCACGUGCGCAGCUCCUGGUUUUGGUGUGGGGGCUGGAACACUAACAGGAGUUGAUAUUUCUUCUCGCCAUCGCCUAGCAGCCUGUCGGACCAUGCUCCAAAAGUAUGAGUUCGGUAGCCGAGCGAGGCUUUUCCUUGCCGACGGGACGACGUUCUCCAUCCUGCCAGCAAAAAAAGCACAGCAAUCCAGUGUCCUUGAGAGACAACCACAUCAGUCCUGUUCUUAUCUCUUGAAGGACGGGUUAAUCACUGACUGGAGACCGCCUAAAGCUGUCUCUGGGAUUGUAGGAAGAGAAUUGCGGAGUUUCCUUGCACCAGGCACGGCCGAUGCUGCUCUUGUCGAUGGGUACAGUUGCAGAGGUGAGAGAGAUCAAGUCUGCCAUGUCCUGGCCAUGCACAACGACCGGCUUGCUUGCGCGUUUCCAACACCAACGCCAGUUUGUCGCUAAAAUCAACAAGGAACGAAUGCCAUACGAGCAAAUCUUUAUAAUCAGAAUCUCGCAGUUCUCUACCUUCGCGAGACUCCCAAGUGCCCCUCGUAAAACUCCUAUGUCCAAAAUGGACACUAAAGCCCGAGCACUUCGUGGAAGGAACACUCUUCAAGAAAGAAGAAAAUUACCCGUAUGGUUGUAAGAUCCGCUGCUAAUACUAAGGUCAGCUUUGAUAAUUGUCGUUUCACAAUGUCAGGGUGGUGUCGUGUGUUCUCGUCGUCUGCAUUUUCACGAGCUUUCUAGACACCUUACAGCGCUCUACAUUCCCAAACAUAGGCGGGACAAUUUUUAAGAACCUUGAUCGUCCUCGACACAUACGAACCCACUAUCUGAUUCGGCAAUCUCGAGCCCAUUGUGAUCACUGCUGAGGGACUAACCAUCAAAGCAAGUACCUGUGACGAGUUGAAGAUGGCGAGCUUAUCUCUUCGAUAGAUGCUCUCUCAUGAAUUUAAUAAGGAAAAGAUGAAAAUGGUACCAUGGGUGUUUCAUACGCAGCUUCGAUCUGUCAGAAUCUACGACAUUGGGGUCCUAGGGUUUCACUGUUUUGUCCAGCUUCAAUCGGCUCAGAUCAAUCGACUCAAGCUCCAAACGUAGCCGAAUCUGCGCAGAGAAAAUUGCGUGCCUGGAAGCUUGUCGAAAGCUACACACUACUGGGCUUCUAUCAGAUAAAUUGCAUCCAGUUCCUGCUACUAGGAUCUCCAAAACUGCCUCAAUGACUUCAGAUUCAGAUGACAUGAAUAUGUACGAGACGAUUAUACCUGAUGUUUUCCAAGGACAGUUGGGUGUGGUUUCUGAAAAUCUGACCUUCCACACCUACGUACUUUCCUUUAGCUCCAGUGACGACAGGUUCUCCUAUCGUAACUUUGCGCUGUUCUUGUCAUCAAAGUUGGAUGCCUCCCUCGAAAAUGGAAGCUUCGAACUGGAUUUGGGACGUGGAAGAAAUGUUGUGGUUCGGCUUGGCUCGAUGCAAAAUAUCAGCUUAGACGGUGAUAAGGUUGCUGCCAUAAAUCAGUUCUACGAAAAUGUUUUCGCUACUUUAUGGCGACGACGGCCACAUCUCCAGCCAUACUUCCUUCUGCCGCUGCUUCCUGGCAAGAUAAAUGUUUUGGAUGUGGACUGGAAAUGCGUUCAGUCUCUCACACCUCCAUCAAUAGUCUCAGACAGCGAUGACCAAAGUGUUCUACAUUUUGCAAAUUAUUCAUUGCGAGCUACAGAUGUCAAAGGAGGACUGAUUCUUACAAAGCAUACCAGCGAAACAGUUUUUCAUUCUCUUUUGGGUGUUCUUAAAGAAACAACCGCGCAAAGCCCGUUUUCCAAUCCCAAAUAUAGUACUUAUUCAGACUACUUCCUGAAAAGGCAUAAUAUGAAACUGCAAUAUCCAGCCCAACCCCUUCUGAAAGUGAAGAUGCUUGGCGAUGUGCAAAACUAUUUACUGCCACGUUCAACAGACAUGUCUGGCACGUCGCAUAGCAAAUCGACUAUUGAGCUGCCGCCCGAGCUUUGCAUUCUCUUAGAACCAGAACUUGACUACUCCGUUGUGGCGUCCGUAAUGGUGCUUCCUUCCGUUAUCUACCGGCUAGAAUGUCUAAGUUCUGCUGCACAGCUGACGAAACUCGUGGGCAUCCACAUCUCUACAACCAUGAUGUUGAUGGCACUGACUUCUGCAAGCUGUAAUGAAGGCUUUUCUCUCGAGAGACUCGAGUUUUUAGGCGAUUCAUUCCUCAAAUUUGCACUGAGCUUGCACUUGGUCUCUGAAUAUCCGGAACAACAAGAAGGCUUUCUUAGUCAAAGGCGUGAAGAGCAGAUCUCUAACAGCAAUUUGCACAGGCUUGGUGUACAAACAGGAUUGGUGACGUACAUCAGAGACGGGCAGUUUGAGCCAAAGGAUUGGAUUGCACCGGUCCCUUGCUCUUCUUUGGCCAGUCACGAAAAGAUUUUAGGACGGAAGUUAUGUGACAAAGGUCAUCGUUGGCUGCGAAGAAAAUCGGUGGCAGAUGUAAUGGAGGCCAUCAUCGGUGCAUACAUUACUGACAACUCCGCUGAUGCUGCCUAUCACUUCAUGAACUGGGCAGGAUUUAAGCUGGUUGACAGGUGUUUAGUACCUGUGUUCUCAUGCCAAGCUUCUGAAGUUGACGAUAUCUGCAAUCUGGAAAAGAUAAUCGGCUAUACCUUUCGGAACAAAUGCUUCCUCGUUGAAGCGUUCACUCAUGCUUCUUCCAGCGUUCGAUCGUAUCAGCGGCUGGAGUAUUUAGGCGAUGCUGUCCUGGAUUACCUUAUCGUUCUUCAUCUUUAUGCGAGCUAUCCCAGCUUGCAACCGGGACUUCUCAAUGAUCUCAAGGUUGCUACAGUGAACAACGUUUGGUUCGCUUUCGUUGCUGUGCGCCACAACUUUCACAAGUAUCUGCGUCACAAGCUUAAAGAGAUUGACAAGUAUCUUCUGAACAAAAAUGUGCAAUGUUUCGAGGACUGGCAGCUUGAGCAACCGCCAAAGUGUCUCAGUGAUUUAGUGGAAUCUCUCGCGGGAGCUUUGUUAUUUGAUACGGGUGGUAAUCUGGAACAAGUGUGGAGCAUAUUGGAGCCCCUUCUUCGCCCGAUUGCCAGUCCCGAGAGCUUGGCACUUCACCCAGUCCAAGAGCUUUCAGCUCCAAGCUACAACGUUGGAACUUGCUCGGUGACAUUGGCCGACGGAGGCUUAGUCACAGGACAAGGCUCCGGAGGAGCAAACAAAAAGCUUCUCAAGAAGCAGUCUUCUGCCGAUGCCUUGGAAAAACUGAAGGCUUUGGGAUUUCAACACCCACGGCACGAACUCCUUCAUGCUAUUCGGGUCGAGACACACAUAGAGGCCUCAAAGGUCAUCAUAAACAACGGUUUGAGGUUCAGUGUUCCCAUCGUUACACAGUGCAUGGAGUCGGAGCUUGCAUCCUUCGUACCACCAAUGUCGAGCUCGAGUUCUUCUGCAGAAUGAGAGCUAUCUCGGCAGGAAAGUCUUGCUGACUUGCCUUCCGAUUUAGAACUUGUCGACACUAAAGACGAGUCAGAUGUUCUAGCAGCAUCACUUGCGAAAGAGUUUGGUCUCGACGAUGCAACCAGUAGGCAGAGAAUUUGAAGCUCUUCUCGUGGAGCUCCAACAACAAAAGAAUCAUCGCCACCUUCUGGAAAGCCAGCAAGUACUGCAAAUUCAUGUGCUUGGUGCUGUGAAUUCCAGGUAAAGAAUGCUCCAUAAGAAAUCAAGCUAGAGUCUUUGGAAACAGGGACCAGAUAUCAAGGUGGGCAAUAUGUAGAUGUGUCCCAGCUUGGAGAAUGCUUUCGAGGAGCUAUUGAAGGAACAAGGGUGAUAGUUCUGUUUCGUUGUAUGAUAUAAUUUGUUCAAGAAAUGCUACAACGUUUUAAGCA